AAAUAUUACAGUAGACGUGAGGCUGACGAAUGCUGGGGCUGACGCUGCGGCGAGCGGGUCCUGCUCAGGCGAGCGAGACACGUCGGUGGCUCACAGUUGCCGCUAAGGUGAAAGCUAUUAAUCGCGUGCGAGGCACGAGGGACUUGCUGGCCGACGACUCUCAGCAACAUCGCGCAGUGCUGGACGUACUCCAGCGUACCGUUGAGCGCUAUGGAUUCCGAUCGAUCCAGACACCGUUGCUGGAGUACACGGACCUGUUCUCGCGAUCGUUGGGUGACGGAUCCGACAUCGUCAUGAAGGUGUGCGUGGCUGGUUGAAGCAUACACGUUUGCAACUGGGAGAUGAACAACAAAACUGGUCUUUGCAGGAGAUGUACACAUUCAACGACAACUCGGGCAAGAGCGUGACGCUGAGACCGGAAGGCACUGUUGGUAUCAUGCGGGCUCUUGUGAGCAACAACUUGAUGUUCUCGCUGCCUCACAAGGUCUCGUAUUCGGGUAGCAUGUUCCGGUAUGAGCGACCUCAGCGCGGGAGGUACAGGGAAUUUCAGCAGUUCGGCGUGGAAUUCGUGGGUUCCACCGGCCCAUCGGUUGACGCAGAGGUUAUUGCCAUGGCUACCGAUGCUUUGAACUCAUUGGGGAUCAAAAGCAAAGUCGUCCUAGAGUUGAACUCUCUCGGUGAUAGCGAAAGUCGCGCAAGGUAUCGCACCGCACUGGGAGCUUUCUUCUCAAAGUUCAGGGACGAAUUAUCAUCAGACAGUAUCAACCGUCUUGAACGAGGGAGUGUUCUUCGAAUCUUGGACUCCAAGAGUGAGAUCGACCAGAAGAUUAUUGUUGAUGCGCCACAGCUUAGCGAUUUUCUCUCCGAGGAAUCCAGAAUGCGCUUUGAUAAUGUUUUGGGUGGCUUGGAUGCUUUGGGUAUCACAUAUCGGCACAACCCACGUCUUGUGAGAGGGCUGGAUUACUACAGUAAUACCGUGUUCGAAUUUAUUGAACAGCCAGCAUCAGAUGCUCCCAGCACGGAGGGAGCAACUGUUGGCGGUAUUGCGGUGCUCGCUGGCGGUUGCUACGACGGAUUGGCCGAGUCGUUAGGAGGACCGGCGACUGCUUGUGUGGGUUGGGCAGCUGGAGUUGAUCGUCUGAACCUUCUUCGCGAGAAACCGACUGAGUCGAUACGCUCUGUUGCGGUCAUCCCUGUGCUUGCUGGCGAUAAUUCGAACCAUGUGCUUCACGAAGCCAUGCGUGUCGCGCAGACGCUUCGCCAGCGUGGCUUGACAGUUCAUUUCUGUCACGGGAAGGGCAAUAUGAAGAAGCAGAUGAAGGCUGCUGAACGCUACGGUAGCACUCACGCUGUGAUCCUGGGUGGGGCAGAAAUUGAUCAGCAAAUCGUGAAGGUAAAGAAUUUUGACAAGCGUGAGGAAACUCAAGUGUCAAUGGAGGAGCUGGAAAGCUUUGAGUUCCAUUGAGGAUAUCUACAGUACCGCUGUGAUGAUACUGUAGCGUUUCUUUUGCAAAAGAAGCUAUCCCACUCCAGAUUAGACGCCAUCAAUAGAAGAGUUUUGCACAGCAGAAUCGUUGUUAGGAGGAUAUGCUUCACUUCAAUGUUGUCAACCAAUCAGCUUCGCUGUCUUGUACCGCC